AUGUGCACCAAGAGUUCUCCGUUCACCAAGCGCCUCUUGCUAUCAAGACCCAACUCGAAAGCCAAGGUGCGGUUGUCCUGUGUCCUGCUCCUUCUGGCUGCUACCGCUCUUUCCAGUGGCGACGCGCGGCCCACGAUCCAGGAAUCUGACCAAGCGACGACGCGGAUGCUGCGCGCGAUCGAUGCAGACGACGGCGUUGCGGAAGAGCGGGGUGGUUUCACGCUUGGCUCACUCAAGAAGCUCAUUCUAGGGGCCUCUGCCAGGGAAGCAGCCAAGAAGGCAAAGCAGUACCAGGCAUACCAGAAACUUCUCGACUACGACCACCUCCUCUAUCCAAAGAUGGUUGAGUGGCGCGGCAGCGGAAAAACAGCGACCAAAAUCUACAAAAGCAUGAGAAAAGCUGGUAGAACGGUUGAAGAGGCCGAGACCAUCUCUAAGCGCUACAGUGUCUAUCUCCAAGAGAUGCUACGUGCGGGCAAGUAA